UUUGCUUACUUACAGCAUCCCAUCUUCUUUCUCAGGGUCUGCAACUCUCUGCACUUUUAGUUUGGGAGGAAAUAUGAACAGGCCGGGUGACUGGAAUUGCAGGUCGUGCCAGCACCUCAACUUCCAAAGGAGGGACUCCUGCCAGCGCUGUGGAGAACCGAGACCCGGUGGCGAAAGAGGCGAGUAUGGAAGUUUCGGUGGCAGCAGGGGCGGCGGCGGCUCAUCGUUCGGGUUCACUGGACCCGACGUUAGGCCUGGCGACUGGUAUUGCACCGUGGGCAACUGCGGGGCUCAUAACUUCGCUAGCAGAUCAAGCUGCUUCAAAUGUGGUGCAGCCAAAGAUGAAUCGUCUGGUGGAUUUGAAGGUGACAACGUCCCACGUAUGAGGGGUUAUGGCUUUGGCAGUGCCAGCUCUACUCGCUCUAACUGGAAAUCUGGCGACUGGAUUUGCACCAGGUCUGGCUGCAACGAGCACAACUUUGCCAGCAGGAUGGAAUGUUUCAGAUGCAAUGCACCAAGGGACUCCACCACCCACAAUUCUUCAUACUAAUUAAUAAAAUGAAAUCUUCAUUUUUGGGUACUGGUGCAGUCCCAGGAGAGAGAUGAGACAAGGCCAUCCCGGAUGAUGCUUUCUGUCUGUCU